AUGUUCAAACAAAAUGGCUGACCGCUGAUGCAUGUUUCAUCUAGAGUGUGCUACUUGAGAACACUUGUGGAAAUUGGAUAUUAAUAAUUUUAUAAUCGGAAUAAUAAAUACAAAUAUAAUUGCAGCUAUAACUUUGUUGACUUGGAAUGUAAUUGAUCUCUACUUCAAUUACAAUGGCAGUGUUGGCGGCCGCUCAAUUACUAGACGAGUUGAUGGGAAGACAUCGAAAUAUUAAUCCAAAUGAAAAGAUUAAAAAACCGAAUUGGGAGGACUCGGAGUAUUGUAAAUAUUAUAUGGUAAAGUUUUGUCCACAUGACUUAUUUGUGAACACAAGAGCAGAUCUUGGUGUCUGUCCCAAGGUUCAUGAUGAUGAAGUCAAGUCUUUAUUUGAAAAGGCAGACUAUUCAUCCAGAAAGAUUCAGUAUGUUGAAGAGUUUCUACGGUUCUGUCGUCACAUGAUAAAUGAUGUUGAAAGAAAAAUUCAGAAGGGAAAGCAAAGGUUGGAACUAAUGAACUCUAAACUUGAAGGUCCACCAAUGACUCAAGCGCAGACUGAGAAGAAUCAAGAACAGGUACAACUACUGACUGAGAAAAUAACAACUCUAUUGCAAGAAGCAGAGGAAGCUGGAACAUGUGGCAAUGUAGAACAGGCCCAGGGGCUCAUGAAGUUGUGUGACCGCUUAAAGGAAGAAAAAGAACUACUAUUGAAGCAACAAGAAAACAGCCACUGGUCUCUAACUGCGGAGUUGGCAGCAUCUCAAGAGAAGCAGAUGGAAGUCUGUCCAGUGUGUGGUGCCUUCUUAAUUGUUGGUGAUGCUCAGCAACGGAUCGAUGACCAUCUAUCAGGGAAACAACAUGUCGGGUAUUUUAAAUUAAGACAAGCUUUCGAAGAGAUGGUCGCUUCUAGGGAGAAAGAGCAGCAAGAGAGAGAGAAGCGACGCAAAGACGAUAGAGAAAGAGAACGCAACGUGCGCAGCGGCGGGCUCGGAUCCGAUAGACGUGACCGCGAGCGGAUGGAGCGGGACAGAGAACGUGACAAGGAUAGGCGAAGGCCAAGUCGCGAAGGCGAUAAAAUACGUCACGAGGACCGCGACAAGGAGCGCGAACGUGACCGUGACAAAGAAAAGGACAAGGAGAGGGAGCGUGACCGCGAAAAGGACAAGGAGAGGGAGCGUGACCGUGAAAAGGACAAGGAGAGGGAGCGUGACCGUGAAAAAGACAAGGAGAGGGAGCGUGACCGUGAAAAGGACAAGGAGAGGGAGAGGGAGCGUGACCGUGAAAAGGAUCGUGACAAGGAGAAGGAGAGGGAACGCGACCGCGAUAAAGAUCGUGACAAGGACAAGGAUCGUGAUCGGGAACGUGACCGCGAACGGAGGCACCGGAGGGAGAGAAGAUCACCUCACGAGCGGUCACGUCGUCGUUCACGCGAUCGUCGUUAGUGAAUCACUGAGGUAUCACAAAGCGCCUUGAAUCGUUUGCAAACAAAUGGACGUCGAGCGUCGCGAUAUCAUCUAAGAGGUACUUUUGAAAUAGCCACCAAUGAAGAUUGUCGUGUCCUGAUGUAACAAUUUGCCGAGCACUUCAAGGUGACAAUUUAGUCACACUAGCUAUGAAUUAUCAACAAUAUUAUAUGUUAACGAAUUUAGAUGUUAAGGUAGCUUACUCUUCAUUGUGUUGUCCAUAGAGAGCUUUUACCCCUGAGGAGUGAAUCAGGUAUUUAUCUAUUUUUUUCUAUGUGGCUGAAGUGUAUUAUACAGUUGAACAAUUAACAUUUUCCUGUUAUUAAGUGAUUAAAUAAUAUGUGGAAGUUUCAUAA